AUAGUGACUGACUUGCUUUCAGGGUUCGGCGGGAGAAGACAGGCCUAAAAGUAAGACGGACACGAUGAUGGGGGCCCAAAUCCUGCAUGGCCUGAUUAUGGAAUCCGAAGGAGACGGGCGAGGCUGCUACUGUACAGCCUGCAUCAGCACGUGGUGGUCUAGCCCGUAAAAAGAAAACGCGAGACCCUCGUGGUGGUUGAGAAGUGAUCUGUUUCUUUUUCCAAGAAAUCACUGCGAUUUUGAGUAUACCCACGCAGACAGAGUCAUGGCACCUCCCGCUCCCCUCACAACCAUGGAGUGGUCUACCCUCACCCUCAAUGUCCCCACAGAGGAUACUCCCUCCAACCCUAUCCCCUCCCAUGUCGAGACGUCCUUCUCCCUUGCUACGGAGCAAUGGACGUCUCCGACUCUACACGCCUCUCCAUACCUCCAGAUCCACGGCCUCUCGCCUGCCCUCAACUAUGGCAUGCAAGCUUUCGAGGGUCUCAAAGCAACUCGGCACGACAACGACACCAUAACCAUCUUCCGCCCCGACUUCCAUUACCGGCGCCUCACACACUCGGCUGCCACAAUCGGGCUGCCCACUCCCCCUCCUGAGACCUUCUUCGCAGCUCUCAACCUCCUCAUCCGCUCCAACGCCCACCUCCUGGGCCCAGCAACCUCAUCCGCAAUCCUCUACAUCAGGCCUGUCCUGAUUCCUACCUCGCCUCAUCUCACGCUCACACCCGUCCCUACAACCGUCAAAUUGGCAGUAUACGCCCACGCCGCGUCGACAUAUCUGGGCGUGCGCCCCAUUCCAGCGUGCAUAUCAACGACAUACGACCGCGCGGCGCCGCUCGGCACUGGGCACGCCAAAAUCGGGGGCAACUAUGCGUCGGGAAUCCUGCCUGCACAGGCAGCCAUGAAGCGCGGCUUCCCCAUGCAGCUCUUCGUCGAUGCGCGCACCCGUACUGAGAUAGAAGAGUUCGGCUCGUCAGGCUUCGUUGGUAUCACCCACGAUGGCACCGUCGUGAUUCCGGAUAGCAAGCAGGUCAUUGAUAGCGUGACGAGCGACACACUGCAGACCCUUGCCGCAGAGGUUUUGGGGUGGAAGGUCGAGCGGCGCCGGGUACCUAUUGAGGAGCUCGCGAGCUUCAAAGAGGUUAUUGCUGUUGGUACUGCAGUCUCUGUGCUGCCCAUCUCAAGCAUCACAAACGAAGAAACGGGCGAGAAGUUCGUCUACUGUGAGAAUGGAGAGGCCGGUCCUGCUGCCAAGAAACUGAAUGAGGUUAUUGGAGAUUCUAUCAGGGGAACUGGCGAGGAUAGGUUUGGAUGGCGGUAUGAGGUGACGUUCCCAGAUGAGAUUGAGGUCAAGGUGAGUGGGGACAUCGUCACUGCCAAGGAUGGGGUUGAGGUCCAGGUGGAGGAGCUACCGGUUGUGGCUGAGGCUCCAUAAAAUGGUGGUGUUCGGUUGAGAUGAGUAGGAUUGCCAAGUCUUGGCUGCUCGCGCCACCCGCCAAUGGCAGCCACCCCGCCGCCCACGGAACCCGAAGCCACCCCGCCAGCGGGAGAAUGGCAGGUGGCGCGGGCUCGAGCAGAGCGCCAGAUUUAAGUACGUAAGACCUAACCAUCUCUAUCCAUUUCUUGGCAUUAAACCCUGAGGUCAAUUCCUGCAGAGACAGGUGAAUGAGAAAUACUAG